AUGGGGCUCGGCGCAAGCCUAGCUGGAAGCGCCGAGAGCGUAUGUCGCAAAGACGUGUUUCCGUUCUUGGAGCUUCCUCGAGAGCUCCGCGACCAGAUUUACGACUAUGCCUUCAAUAUCCCAGAAGACCGUGCUGACCGCGCACUUCGCAUCGAGCGACGGCAUCUGAAAUAUUUCAGACCAUCCGCCGCGUCCAUCCUCUUGGUGCUGCAUCAUGAGUACUUCCUCUUGAACCGCCAAAUUGCACGCGAGGCCCUCGGAUUGCUCUUCAAGAACCACACCGUGUAUCUCAGCUGUGGGCCGUAUGUGCUGAAGCAGCUCCUCUCGCGGAUCGAGGCCACAGGCGGCCCUGGCAAACGAUGGCUGAAGCGGAUCAAGAGGAUCGAGCUGGACUGGGUCACCUUCCCCAACCUCCGCAUAUACCCCCCGGAGCGGAGCGAGGGUAAGGACGAGUGGUACUGGGAGCACGACAACCAUGAAGUCGACGUCGACUACAUCCGCGGCGCGCAGUACAGCGGCCAUUACGACGAGCACGACUACGAGGGCGGCUACUACGACGACAACUUCUACGAAGCCGAAGACGCCUCGCUGUAUCCCACGUGGCCGGGCCGCAGCACUGCCGCCGCCGCCGCCAACCCCAACGACCCCUUCGGCUUCUCCACGCACUAUCCCUUCGCCGACCCUGCGCGCCCCGACGCCGUUACCGCCUCAGACAUCGACUCCAAGCUCGACCUCCUCGUCUCCCUCGAAGUCACCCCCCUCUUCGACUACCUCGCCUCCCCCGCGUUCGCCCUGAACAGCAUUACGCUCCCGCUGUACUUCCUCUCCCGCGCUUCGCAACAUCAGCGCACCGUCUCCCGCCCCGGAUACACACUCCCGCUCAAGAUCCGAUACUGGGUCCACAACUGCAUCCAUGCGCUGCUCAUGCUGCGGGACUCUGACACACUACAAGAAGUCAGGGUCAAGUACAUCCCCUGGGAUGUCUGGGCGAGCAUGGAGCCCGCGGAUGAUUUGAGGCGGAUGGUGGAGAUGGGUGUGUGGUUUCGGGGUUCUGAGGAAGGGAGCGGCGAGAGGGAAGGCGAGGGCGAGGCGUUUCGCGCUGUGUGGGCAGGUCUGGCGGGGAAGGGGGCGUGCAAUGGGGACGAGAGGAUGGGGUUAAGAGCUGAGGUGCGGUUUGUAAAGUGGGAAUUUGAUUUGGAUAAGCGGGUGGGGGAUGAGCUGGAGGUUGUGUUCACGAAGGGGGUGGAGUAG